CCCCUUGGGUGUCCACGAGGCCGGGCAACGCCCCAGAAUGGGAGACAAGCCGAUUUGGGAACAGAUUGGAUCCAGCUUCAUUCAGCAUUACUACCAGUUAUUUGAUAACGACAGAACCCAACUGGGUGCAAUUUAUAUUGACGUAUCAUGCCUUACGUGGGAAGGACAGCAGUUCCAGGGGAAAGCUGCCAUUGUGGAGAAGUUGUCUAGCCUUCCGUUCCAGAAAAUCAAGCACAGCAUCACGUCGCAGGACCAUCAGCCCACGCCAGAUAGCUGCAUCCUCAGCAUGGUUGUGGGCCAGCUGAAGGCCGAUGAAGACCCCAUCAUGGGCUUUCACCAGAUGUUCCUACUAAAGAACAUCAACGAUGCCUGGGUGUGCACCAACGACAUGUUCAGGCUGGCUCUGCACAACUUCGGCUGACCUCAUCCCAGCCAGGCACUCACGCUGUUUCCUCCUCCCUCCUCCUCGUCCUCCUCCUCCUCCCGAUACUAUUCACACUCCUCCAGAUGCUCCAAACAUCAUGCACCAGCUCGGCCGCAGUGGGAGGGGCGCAGUGCGCUGCUGCCACCCAGGUGCUGUGCAUGAUGUUUGGACACUAGCUAGUCGCAUCUGACAGAAGUUUGUGUUGUACCAGCGCAUGCCUUGGAAAGACUUAAGUAAUGCAAAAAGUUGUCCCUCUUUUUUUUUUCUUUUUAAAAAAAUCUACUGACAAGUUGCUCUAGUAACCCAAAGAAGUGAAGGAGAAAGCAGCUGCCUCACCGCCCAGAUACUGAUUUGUUCAGAUGUUUCAAUGCCUCAUUAUACAAUAAAACCACAAAAAUUUUCUUA